UCUCCUCUGCCUCCCACGACUUCCCAGCCUUACUCAAAGUGCCGCACAGCCGGAAAGAGGAAGUCGCCCCUGCUGAGUGUGCAGGAGGAAGCACAAGAGGCCUCUGAGUGCGGGGGGAGCCGUGAUGACGCCUUUCACCCAUGAGCCAAUAGUAGAGGGAACCGGAAGAGCUGCACCGACUAGGCGGGGUGCCUCCGCCCAGGCUGGAGGUGUUUGGAGACAUCAGGCAUUGCUGUCCCGAUGCUGCUGUCUCUCAGUGGCCACCAUGUCUUUGACCUCCACCUAUCAGCACAAGUUAGCAGAGAAGCUCAGCAUCCUGAACGAUCGGGGCCAGGGGGUUCUGAUCCGAAUGUACAACAUCAGGAAGACUUGUUCAGACCCCAAGUCCAAGCCGCCAUUCUUACUGGAAAAGUCUAUGGAAUCUUCUCUCAAGUACAUCAACAAGAAAUUUCCCAACAUAGACGUCCGCAACAGCACGCAACAUCUGGGACCGGUUCAUCGUGAAAAAGCGGAGAUCAUUAGGUUCCUCACCAACUACUACCAGUCGUUUGUGGAUGUCAUGGAGUUCCGGGACCACGUGUAUGAGCUUCUCAACACCAUUGAUGCCUGCCAGUGCCGUUUUGACAUUACUGUCAACUUUGACUUCACCCGGAGCUACCUGGACUUGAUCGUCACGUACACCUCAGUUAUUUUGCUUCUGUCACGGAUUGAGGACCGACGGCUGCUCAUCGGCAUGUACAACUGUGCUCACGAGAUGCUGCACGGGCACGGGGACCCCAGUUUUGCUCGCCUGGGUCAGAUGGUCUUGGAGUACGACCAUCCUCUGAAGAAGCUGACGGAAGAGUUUGGGCCUCACACAAAGGCUGUGAGCGGAGCCCUCCUCUCUUUGCACUACCUCUUUGUCCGGAGGAACCACGGGGCGGAGCAGUGGCGCAGUGCCCAGCUCCUGAGUGUCAUCAGCAGUCCCCCAGCCAUGAUUAACCCUGCUAACUCUGACACAAUGGCCUGUGAGUAUCUGUCCAUGGAAGUGAUGGAGCGCUGGAUUAUAAUUGGCUUUCUUCUCUGCCAUGGGUGCCUCAACUCCAACAGCGAGUGCCAGAAGCUCUGGAAGCUGUGUCUGCAGGGCUCCCUGUACAUCACCCUCAUCCGGGACGACGUGCUGCAGGUGCACAAGGUCACCGAGGACCUGUUUAGCAGUAUGAAAGGGUACGGCAAGCGAGUGGCAGACAUCAAGGAGAGCAAGGAACACGCAAUUGCUAACAGUGGCCAGUUUCACAGUCAGCGGCGCCAGUUCCUGCGGAUGGCGGUGAAGGAGCUGCAGGCUGUGUUAAGCGAUGAGCCAGGACUACUGGGGCCCAAGGCUCUUUUUGCUUUCAUGGCCCUGUCCUUCAUUCGUGAUGAGGUCACCUGGCUGGUCCGCCACACGGAAAACGUCACCAAGACAAAGACGCCGGAGGACUACGCUGACUCGAGCAUCGCGGAGCUGCUUUUCUUGUUGGAGGAGCUGAGGGCUCUGGUCCGAAAGCACACCAAGGUGAUACAGCAGUACCACCUGCAGUACCUGGCCAGGUUUGACGCCCUACUGCUCAGUGACAUCAUUCAGAACCUGUCCGUGUGUCCUGAGGAGGAGUCCAUCAUCAUGUCUUCCUUCGUCAGUACUCUGUCUUCUCUGAAUCCCAAGCAAGUUGAUAGCGGAGAGAAAUUUGAAUUUUCGGGAUUGAGGCUGGACUGGUUCCGCCUGCAGGCGUACACCAGCGUGGCCAAGGCCCCCCUGCACCUGCAUGAGAACCCUGACUUGGCCAAGGUGAUGAACCUCAUCGUCUUUCACUCCCGCAUGCUGGACUCAGUGGAGAAAAUGCUGGUGGAAACCUCGGAUUUGUCCAUUUUCUGCUUUCACCUGCGUACCUUUGAGAAGAUGUUUGCCGUGACCCUGGAGGAGCCCACCAUGCUGCGCUACGCCAUCGCUUUCCCCCUGAUUUGUGCCCAUUUUGUCCACUGCACACAUGAGAUGUGCCCAGAGGAGUACCCCCACCUGAAGAACCACGGCCUUCACCACUGCAACUCCUUCCUGGAGGAGCUGGCCAAGCAGACCAGCAACUGUGUCCUGGAGAUCUGCGCGGAGCAGCGGAACCUGAGCGAGCAGCUUCUCCCCAAGCAUUGUGCCACUACCAUUAGCAAGGCCAAGAACAAGAAAACCAUGAAGCAGAGGCAGACCCCCAGGAAAGGGGAGCCCGAGAGGGACAAGCCGGGCGCCGAGAGUCACCGAAAGAACCGCAGCAUCGUCACCAACAUGGACAAGCUACACCUGACCUUGACGGAAUUGGCACUGACCAUGAACCACGUUCACAGCUUCUCUGUCUUCGAACACACCAUCUUCCCUGCUGAGUAUCUCAGCAGCCACCUGGAGACCAGACUCAACAGAGCCAUCGUGUGGCUGGCUGGCUACAACGCCAGCACGCAGGAAAUCGUAAGGCCGUCUGAACUCCUGGCAGGAGUGAAAGCGUACAUCGGUUUCAUCCAGUCACUGGCCCAGUUUGUGGGUGCGGACGCCUCCAGAAUCAUCCGCAACGCCCUCCUGCAGCAGACGCAGCCGCUGGACUCGAGCGGGGACCAGACCAUCACCACUCUCUACACCAACUGGUACCUGGAAAGCCUGCUGAGGCAGGCGAGCAGUGGGACCAUCCUCCUGUCCCCCGCCAUGCAGGCCUUCGUCAGCCUCCCCAGAGAGGGGGAGCAGAGCUUCAGCGCCGAGGAGUACUCGGACAUCUCUGAGAUGCGGGCUUUGGCUGAGCUCCUGGGCCCCUAUGGCAUGAAGUUCCUGAGUGAAAACUUGAUGUGGCACGUGACUUCUCAGAUUGUGGAGCUGAAGCUGGUGGUGGAAAACAUGGACGUACUUGUGCAGAUCAGAUCCAACUUCAGCAAGCCGGGCCUGAUGGCUUCCCUGCUGCCCCAGCUGAUGGGCGCUGAGAACGUGCUGAAGCGCAUGACAAUCAUUGGGGUGAUUCUCAGUUUCAGGGCCAUGGCCCAGGAAGGACUUCGGGAGGUCUUCUCCUCCCACUGCCCAUUCCUUAUGGGGCCCAUCGAGUGCUUAAAGGAGUUCGUCACUCCAGACACAGACAUCAAGGUGACCCUGAGUGUGUUUGAGCUGGCAUCUGCUGCAGGUGUGGGCUGUGACAUUGACCCAGCCUUGGUGGCUGCCAUCGCCAAUCUGAAAGCUGACAGCACGUCCCCUGAGGAGGAGUACAAGGUGGCCUGCCUGCUCCUGGUCUUCCUUGCAGUCUCCCUCCCGCUCCUCGCCACCGACCCCUCUUCCUUCUACAGCAUUGAGAAGGAUGGUUACAACAACAACAUCCAUUGCUUGACCAAAGCCAUCAUCCAGGUGUCCGCUGCCCUCUUCACGCUCUACAACAAGAACAUCGAGACUCACCUCAAGGAAUUCCUGGUGGUGGCGUCUGUCAGCCUCUUGCAGCUGGGCCAGGAGACUGACAAGCUCAAGACCAGAAAUCGGGAGUCCAUCUUCCUGCUCAUGCGCUUGGUGGUGGAGGAGUCGUCCUUCUUGACCUUGGACAUGUUGGAGUCCUGUUUCCCCUAUGUCCUGCUGCGCAACGCCUACAGGGAGGUCUCCCGGGCCUUCCACCUGAACCGGGUGCCUGCCAGCACCCACUGAAGGGUCCCUUGGAGCUACGCGAGCCUGCACUGUACUGGAGUCUGUGGACAUUUGUUUGUGGGGGCGGGAGCAGGGUGAGGGGUCGUGGAGGGGUGGGGCUGGAGCCAGAGCUGAGGAGGAGAUGACCGAGGCACCCCCCGGGGCUGUGCAGUGUGGUAGGGGACAGUGUGUGGGGGAAGUUGGGGGAUGGAGGCCAUGAUUUUGGACAAUGAGAAAACAGUGACAAACCAGUACCAGUUUUUACCUUCUGGGGACCAGGGCUUGGGCUCUGCAUGGGUCUCUCCGACCUUCAUCACUAUUCUAGGAUGGCGCUGGCAGGCAGGGGUGAUCAAUCAUCAUAUUAAACCAUAAUGAGCUUAUAAUCCUCCCACCGGAGCUGCAAUUGUCUCCUGCACAUUCAUUAGGACCAUUAGCUCCUCUCUUCCUUUUCCGAGUGUGUUCGGCAAACACGCAGCCUGUUCCUACUGCGUGCACAGUUGGAGCCAAGGGUCCCCCCUCUUCGCCUUCAGGGGGCCUCUUUGAGGGGUCAUCGUGUCUCUUUCCUUCACCCCAGUUUGCCUUGCCUCCCUGGGGCAAGGAGGCAGUGACCCCAAGAGAUGCACACUGCCCACUGCUCCACUCCCACCCUGGGUGGGGAGCGCCUCCUUCCUUGCCUCAGCCUCUGCUGCUUUCUCUGGGAGCAGGGGCCGGUUUCGGUCAAUUACAGCCAUAUGGCAGCUUGGUAGGCCAGACUCGGGCUGGCUUUCCCUCCUGUACCGUUUGGGGGUCCUCUCCCUCUUGCCUGGAGGGACCGAUUUAACCCCGCACCUUCGCCUCAGCCUGGGCACAGCUGUUGCUAGGGGCAGGGAUUUCUCUCCUAAAUCCUACAUUGCCCAGACCUCAUUAGGUUGUAGGGCCUGGAGAGUGGGUAUCCUUAAGGGAGCACAAGCUGUUUCAACCAAGCCCUUUUCUGCACUAAUUAGAAUUUCAAGUGUCACAGAGCCUCAGGCGUUCGCAAUCGCACUAAACUAGAUGUAGUGAACUCCGAAGCUGGGAACCGUGGCCUCGUCCAGCACCGCUGGGUGUCCACUGCCAGGGAAGACUCCGACAACUGGUCCAGAGUGCCCAGGACAGGCAGAGGCGAUCAGCCCGUCGAUUCAUGAAGGUCAUGUCCAAACCCGGGCAGCAACUGUGGGAGCCAGCCGUCCAGCCUCCAGUAAAGCUAUUUUUGGAUUUUGUUA